AGUAACCAAGCACUGUUAGAUCGAUAAGACAUCAGCCCAUUAUUGGCUUCAAAACAGAAGACACGACAUAACCUUUCAGCAUCAGCAAGCGCACAGACUAAUAUAGAAAGAAAAAGCGUUUCGAAAAAAAAUGCCUCGAAUAACGAUGGAACUGCUUCGAAAACGCUCGGAGCACAACGAAGGUGAAAUUUCGACACUGGAGGAACUCUCUCUACACCAGGAGAACAUCGAGAGGAUCGAGCUGCUCAACCAAGCCUGUCGUAACCUCAAGAUCCUCUUGCUUCAGUACAAUCUCAUCUCGAAGAUCGAAAACCUCAACAAACUCAAGCAACUGGAGUACCUCAAUUUGGCCCUGAAUAAUAUCGAAGUCAUCGAGAACUUGGAGGGACUGGAGAGCUUGAAGAAACUCGAUCUGACGGUUAAUUUCAUCGGGGACAUAAGGGGCGUGAAAUGCUUGAGAGACAAUCAGCACCUGGAACAGCUGAUCCUAAGCGGCAACCCCUGCUGCGAGUACGAGGGUUACCGGGAGUACGUAAUCGCCACCCUUCCCCAAAUCCGAGAACUGGAUCUGCAGAAAAUCGAUCGUUCGGAGCGAAUAAAGUCUCUCCAGUGUUACGCCGAGGCUCAGGGCGACGUCAUACGCGGAUACCGGAAAUACGCGACGAGCAGAGAGACCCAGAAAGUCCGGUAUAGAGAACGAGAGGAGAAGAGGGGAGAGGGAGACGAGGAGGGAGUGAGAAUCACGGAGAUCCGGGAUGACGAGGAAGAGUCGGAGAAGAAUGUUGACUUCCACUACCCAGGCGGAAGAAAGUGCGACAGAGGACGCGAAAUUCUGGAGCGCCCCGAGCUACCACACGCCGGAGGACCGAGUAGCCAUAGCCAAAAAAGCCAUGGAGAGAAGCGAGAGAAACGAGAGCAAGGACGACGAGCCGAAAAAACACGUCCCGAAGCUGUUCAAUCCCGAGGGAAAACCCUACAACGUGAACCAGGCGAAGGUACCGUUCCUCCUCGACGACGAGGACGACAGGGACAACGUUAUCUUGGAAGUUGGACUCUACAAACACUUGGACACGUCGCUAGUCGACGUCGACGUCCGGCCGGACUACGUCAGGGUGACCAUCAAGGGCAAAGUCCUGCAGCUGGUCCUCCCCUGCGAAGUUGCAGUAGACAAGAGCCUGGCCCAGCGGAACGUGACCACGGGCAACCUCCUGCUAACGAUGCCUCGAAUCACGAAGCUCGCCAGUCUCUCGGUGCCAGCGCAAGCCAAGAGAGCCAAGGAGAAGCCAAAGUGUGCCAUCAGCGUGAGGGCUACUCCAGAAGUGACGAAGAGGGAGUUCCUCGAGAUAGGCCCUCCCAAAGAAGACAUCGACGAGCUCCUCAGAAUCGUCGGCAAGGAACCGGCCAAGAGUUCGCGGGGACAAAAGACCCGACGCGAUUGACCAAGCUCGAGGGUGAAAGUCGCGGCGAGGGAACGCUUGGCUGAGCACAGAUUCCGAUUUGACUCGCGGAUAACUUCCUCGUCUAUGGGAUACUUUUUUCGAUUCGUUUCAAGUUCGACGGACUGCCGAGAGUGUGACUCCUUGGAGUAUAUCAAGGUGAGAGACACUUUCGCCAUUGUAAUCGCUUCGCGAUGCCAAUGAAUCGCUAAAAGCGUUCAUAUUUUAGAAAUUACAAAAACUUUAAAAGUUCCA